CCAUCCCUAGGGACAGUGGAAGUCCUCGAUUACCAGAGAUCCCGGCGCAAAAGCUGCUGUUUGCUUGGGGCUGAGCUGCAUCCCCUACCCGGGAUGGACGAGGAACAUCUUCACAACGAUCUGCGUGUUUUUAAAGACAGAAACUUCUUCCAGCAGAAGCUGAGAUCCUUUUUCACCGUCUACUUGCUGCUGGCCCUCUCCUUCUUGCUGAUCAUCAUCCUGUUCGCUGUGUCGCUCUCCAGAGUUUCAGCCAUUUCUUCCAAACUGGAUGAGGUGCACCCGGAACAGAAACAGAAUUUCUCCAGCAGGGAUUCGCUCCUGUUUCCCUGCGGACCUGGAUCCAGGGAAUGGGAAUACUUUGACGGAAAAUGUUACUACUUCUCCCUAAGCAGAACAAGCUGGCACAAGGCGAAGGCUGCGUGCGAGGAGAUGCACUCGCGGCUGGCUGUCAUUGACAGCUACACCAAGCAGAAUUUUAUCAUGUUCAGGACAAGGAAUGAGCGUUUCUGGAUCGGGCUGACGGAUGAGAAUUCGGAAGGGGAAUGGGAAUGGAUCGACGGGACCGACUAUAAAACCACGUUCACAUUUUGGAAAGAGGGAGAACCCAACAACAGCGGGAACAACGAGGAUUGUGCCCACCUCUGGGUGUCGGGCAAGUGGAACGAUGUCUACUGCACCUACGAGUGCUACUACGUCUGCGAGAAGCCUCUGCCCCCCUGAGCCGAGCCCCGCGCCGAGGCAGCGGCCGAUGCUCCCGCACCGCCGAGGCUCCUUUUCCUUAAUUUAUACUAUCCAGGCGCUUGCUCCCGGCUUUUCCUCGCCUCCACGCUGUCCUGAGGAAGAGCAGAGAUGGAUUCGGAUGGUCCUACGCCAUAUUUUAUAUAUAUAUAUACACACACACGUGUAUCUUUAAAAAAAAAAUUAAUGAAAAUAAUAUCAAAUAAGCAAAAAAAACCCCCAAAAUCAGGAAUCCAAAAAAACCCCCCAAAACCAAAAUUGGGAAUCCUGGUUCUCCAUGGGGAGCUCAGCCUAAUAAAGGACAAUUAGUGCCCUGGUUAA